UCCACUUAUGAAAGAUGAAUCUAAUAGUGGAGACGCAAUGAGUGAGUUCCGCAAAAAUAGUGUUCUGAUUCAGUUUCCAUUUAUAACACAAAAAAACAAAACAAAUUCGGUCUGUUUUUUCCUACGCGUCUUCUGAAUUCUAUCUCCCAUUUUGUCAUUGCCAGUUUGCAACCCCAUUCCCAUUUUUAUUAUUAAAUUAUUAACAUUAUUAUUUCAUUCCCUAAAUUACCAUAUUAUUUUCAUUAAUUUCGUCAUAAAAAAAAAAAAAAAAAAAGAGUGUGUUCAUUUGAUCUAAUCAUCAUCGAGAGAGGGGAAAUGCUAGAUAGCUCCUCUCUCUGUGUGACCAAAUAUACAGAUCUUAUUUUUUAUUUUAACAAUUUUUUAAUUUAAUUUAAUUCAACUCUCUCUGUGAAAGAGAUGAGUUGUUAUUCUUGCUUUGUUUCUCGGAAAAAAGAUGUUAGCAGAAUUGAAGUUGAUAAUAGUUCUCGAUCUGCUCAUACUUUAGGGAAUGGAGGAACAAAUGCAACAGAGGAAAAGGGGAAGAGUGUGAGGACUGGUAAAAGCAGUACUGCAGCAGCUAGUUUUGGUUUUAGAGAGCUUGCGACAGCGACCAGGGGUUUUAAGGAAGCUAAUUUGAUUGGAGAAGGAGGUUUUGGAAAAGUAUUUAAGGGUCGUCUUUCGACCGGCGAGCUUGUUGCUGUGAAACAAUUAAGUCAUGAUGGUCGUCAAGGUUUUCAGGAAUUUGUGACUGAGGUUCUUAUGUUAAGCUUGCUACAUCAUUCUAAUCUGGUUAAGUUAAUUGGCUACUGCACUGAUGGAGAUCAAAGGCUUUUGGUUUAUGAGUACAUGCCUAUGGGAUCUCUCGAAGAUCAUCUUUUUGAUCUUCCCCAAGACAAAGAACCUCUAAGCUGGAGUUCUCGAAUGAAGAUUGCUGUUGGAGCAGCUCGUGGCCUUGAGUAUCUCCACUGUAAAGCAGAUCCGCCUGUCAUAUAUCGAGACUUAAAAUCUGCAAACAUCUUAUUAGACAGCGACUUCAGCCCAAAACUGUCAGAUUUUGGGCUUGCUAAGCUAGGACCUGUUGGAGACAACACCCAUGUUUCAACGAGAGUGAUGGGUACAUAUGGCUACUGCGCGCCAGAAUAUGCGAUGAGUGGCAAAUUAACUCUUAAGUCUGAUAUCUACAGCUUUGGUGUGGUUUUGUUGGAGUUGAUUACUGGACGAAGGGCAAUAGAUGCUAGUAAAAAACCAGGAGAGCAAAACUUAGUUUCAUGGUCUCGCCCAUAUUUCAGUGACCGGAGAAAGUUUGUACAUAUGGCUGAUCCUCUUUUGCAAGGACACUUCCCUGUCCGCUGUUUGCAUCAAGCAAUUGCUAUAACUGCUAUGUGUCUCCAAGAGCAACCAAAAUUCCGUCCACUCAUUGGUGAUAUUGUCGUAGCACUGGAAUACCUAGCUUCGCAGAGUCAGAAUAUCCCUGAAGUCCAUAGACACGGUGUGCGUAGCCCACCGCAGCAACCACCUUCCAAAAUGGACAGAAAUUAAUUUUCACCGAUAUUAGAUUCUGGCUUCAGUUCCAUUUCUGUCCAUGAUUUUGAGUACAGAUUUCCUUAUUAGCUUGAUCAGUGUAAGACCAACUGCCUAUUUUAAAUGUUAAAUAUUAUUGCCCUAGUUAACUUAUUUGCAUAGCCAUAGUGAAGAUAAAUUUCUUAUUAUAGCAGUUGACGUUCAUUCUUGUGGAUCUAUUAAUCACAGUCAUGUGAAUUAGCGAUUACUUAGGCUUUAAAGUUUAAACUUCCUCCACCCCUAUAACAUGCUUGUUAUCAUUUCAA